AUGAUGAGCGCCGAGGUGGCCCGCCCCGCCGUGGGCAACGGCGGCCUGGCGCAGGGCAGGGCCGGCGAGCACGCCCGCUCGGAGACGCCCCCCGCCGAUUCGGUGGGCCCUCCCAAGGCCCUGUCCAAGGUGGUGUGGGUGCGCACCAGCGCGGGGGGCGUCCAGGCCAUCCCCCAGGAGGUCGCCUUUUUGUCGCCGUUCAUCCAGCGUGAGGCCAUCCACGCCGGCGCCGGCUGGAAUUCCCGAACCCCUGUGGACCUGCCCAAGCAGCUGGGGCCGGAGAGCCUGGGCCAGAUAGUGGAGUACUGCGAGUUCCACCGCGCGCCGGGCCGCAGCGACAAGGAGCGCAAGCUGUUCGAUGAGAAGUUUAUACGGAUGGACGCCUGCCGACUGUGCCAGCUGACGUCCGCCGCCGACGCCCUGGACCUGCGCCCGCUGGUCGACCUGGCCUCGCGGGCCCUGGCGCGCCUGAUCUCCGGCAAGACGCCGGAGGAGAUCCGCGCCACGUUCAACCUGCCCGACGACCUCACCGAGGAGGAGAAGCUGGAGCCGGUGCCGUUCGGCACGGACGAGCCCCGAAUCCGGCUGCUCAACCGGCUGUACGCCAAGAAGCGGCGCGAACUGGCAGAGCGCAAGGCGCGCAAGGCACCCGGGGAGGCACGGGAUGCCCCCGCCCCGGUCGUGGACACGCGGUCGGUCGACGAGCUAGUCUCGUUCAUCGAAUCAGGGACGGGCGGGGGCGCCAACCACUCCAAGCGAGUCUCGCGAAGGCGGAAGGGCUCCAGGAGAGAGCGGCGGAGCAGGGAGCCCCCCGCGCUCGAGCCGUCGGGCUCCGGCGGACUGGACUCCGAGCGCAAUUCCGUGGAGACCAGCGAGAUGUCCAACACGUCGAUGGACAUGAUGUCCGAGUGCCCCGCGAGGUGGCGGGAGGCCGGCGGCGGGCACGGAGGGUCCGGCGGCGGCCGGCGGGUGUUCGAGAUUCCGGACUGCCCCGUGGAGGUGCUGUUCCCGGAGGAGGGCUUCGAGGAGGGGUGGGACGACCCAGAGCUGGAGUCAGAGAUCGCGGGUUUCGCGCGGGCGCUGGACUCCGACUGGGGCAGCAGGUUACAGGAGCUGACGGGCGGCCGCGGGCGGGAUGGGCCUCCCAGCGUGCUAGGCGCCGCCGUGGAGUUCGGCAGCAUGCGGGUGUGA